AUGGCAAUGGACGAAGUCGACCGUGAAAUCGCGGAAGCCGAGCGCGCCGCGUCCCCAAACCGCUACCACGGCCGCGAAAGCCACGAGAUCGAAAGGGUCCUCUCCGCUUCCUCCUCCUCAACCUCCUCUACGGCCUCGCACACUGGUGAUCGCGCCGCAGCAUAUCGCACCGGCAGCGGCAUCAGCCGCGUCUCGACCCAGAAUGACCUCGAGCGUCACCCGACGGCGCUGAGCCGCAUCGCGACCGCUCGCAGCCAGCACUCCAACACCGUCGGCCGCAGCAUCAAGAGCAGGGAGUCGAGGAGGCCUCUGCCGGCCAUGGGCGCCGGCAAGCCCUACCCCCCGCCUCUGCCAGAGCAGGAGGACUACGUUGUGGAAUUUGAUGGACCGGAGGAUCCUCUACACGCGCAAAAUUGGCCGAUCAAGAAGAAGUUGCUUACAGCCGCAAUGCUUGGCUACACCACGAUGACGUCGGCCUUCACCUCGAGUAUCUUUUCAGCAGCGACCCAAAUCAUCGCAACAGAAUACAACGUCUCCGCCACUGUCGGCACCCUUGGCGUCUCAUUCUACGUCCUGGGUUUCGCGUUUGGCCCGACCCUGUGGGCACCCCUUUCCGAGUUGAGGGGCCGCAGACUACCCCUGGUCCUGUCCAUGUUCGGCUUCUCCAUCUUCACAAUCAGCUGCGCCGUCGCCAAGGACCUACAGACGAUCCUGAUAUGCCGUUUCUUCGCUGGCUUCUUCGGCGCGUGUCCCCUAGCCGUCGUCGCCGCCGUCUUCUCCGAUAUGUUUGACAACCGCACGCGUGGUACCGCCAUUACCGUCUUCUCCAUGGCUGUCUUCACCGGCCCUCUCCUAGCCCCCUUCAUCGGCGGCUUCAUCGUCGAGUCGUACCUCGGAUGGCGCUGGACCGAGUACAUCCCCUCAUUCAUGGGCUUCCUCGCCUUCUUCCUCGACCUGAUCUUCCUGGAGGAGACGUACCCGCCCGUCAUCCUCGUCAGCAAGGCCUCGGAGCUGCGCCGCCGCACACGCAACUGGGGCAUCCACGCCAAGCAGGAGGAAAUCGAAGUCGACUUGAAGGAGCUGGUCAACAAGAACUUCUCUCGUCCCAUGCGCCUCCUCUUCGGCGAGCCCAUCGUCACGGCCCUGUCGGUCUACAUGGCCUUCAUCUACGGACUGCUGUACCUCUUCCUGACGGCCUAUCCUUUAGUUUUCCGCGGCGUUCACGGUUUCGGCGCCGGCCAAUCGGGUCUCACCUUCUUCGGCAUGAUCACCGGCCAGCUCAUCGCCGGCAUCACCGUGCUCCUCCAGCAGCCGUGGUACCUGCGCAAGCUCAAGGCCAACAACGGCAUCCCAAUCCCCGAGUGGCGUCUGCCCAGCGUCAUCGCGGGCGGCGUCUUCUUCGCCAUCGGCAUCUUCUGGUUCGGAUGGUCUGGGUACCGCCGCGACAUCCACUGGAUCGUUCCCACACUCAGCGGCCUCUUCACCGGCUUCGGCCUCAUGUCCAUCUUCCUCCAGGCGCUCAACUACCUCGUCGACGCUUACCUCAUGUUCGCCGCCUCCGCCAUUGCGGGAAAUACCUUCCUCCGCUCCCUCUGCGGCGCUGGCUUCCCCCUCUUCGCCACCUACAUGUUCAACGGCAUGGGCAUCCAAUGGGCAUCGACCCUCCUCGGCUGCGUCGCCAUCGCUCUCAUACCCAUCCCCGUCAUCUUUUACAUUUGGGGCCACAAGAUCCGCGCCAGAUCCGCCUAUGCCCCGACCUUUGCCGCUCCCGCCGACGAGCCCGAGGACGAGUUGCCCGAGCCGCUUGCCAACGGGCAUACCAGCCACCACCAGGACAGCGAAAAGCCGCCGUCCAUUGCCGCGAUGGAAGCAAGCAGAGCUAGGACGAGCGGCGACAAGGCUGAGAAUGCCGUGUGA